AUGGUUAGUAGCUGUGAAACCCGAUACAACGCCGGAUACGUUCAACCGGAUGACGGCACUGGAGCCAUUGACUGCGGGAAAGAAGAGAUUUUUGGAGAAAAGAGAGAAAACGAAUGCGUCGCGGCAGACCCCCUGAUGAGUUUAGCAGAAAUUGUCAUAUUCUCUGUUGGAUUUUUAUUCUCGAUAUUGUCCCAUUGUGUUGCAUGGGCAAUACAUACAAAAGUAUCCAGGGUUCUCGAAAGGUUAAAAGAUUGUGACGACAACAUAAAAUCUGCAACAAAAUUAGUGGAUAAUAGUGCGAUCACCGGAUCCGUAUUGCAACUAAGCGCUGAACAGUUACGUUUUGAUCCAGAUGUGAACGAAUUUGAGAGGGAUGUAGCUGUGCUGAUGCUUAAAGAUCCACAACAAUCGUAUACUGGUGAGACGAUGCACCGUCCAAAUAAGCCCAAAAUGGAAGGAUUACCAGAAAAUAGGUCAAAGAAAUCCCCCAAGAAGCCACCUGUGGACGGAGCCGGACUAGCCGGACCCAAACGUAAAGUGGAUUCAGAGGAACCGGAGAAGGAAAACGUGAGGCCAUCAGAUAAUCAAAAGAAAGUAGCACCAAAAGAUUCCAGAGAGAGAGGACAGGAUGCUGGCGCAGCCGAAUCUGAAGACGAAAAAAAUCCGAACAAGAAAAAAUUCAAACCACCACCAAACAUUGCCAAGGCAGAUGCGAAAGAUCCUGCUUAUGAGACGCUACAAGGUAUCGGUAAUGAGCUCUUUACCGGUGCAAAUAAAGAAGAGAAGAAAAGUAAAGAAGAUGGUCCAAAAGAGAAAAAAAGUAAAGAAGAUGCAAGUCAAGAUGAAAAAAAUAAAUUCAAGCAACCACAAAAGAUUCAAAAAGCCGAUGCUAAAGACCCACAAUACGAGACCUUGGCUGAUGUUAAAGACGAUAUUUUCAAAGGAUAG